UGCUGGCCCGUAUCCUCUGUGUGUCACAGGCAGCAUCACACAGCAGCAGAUUAUUUGGCGAGGAAAAACGCGGACUGCGGUACCAUCCUGUCCGCGUGGACGUACCGGGGGGGACACGGGAUUGUAUUUUGAUUUCCGCGGUGUGGUGCAGUGUUUUUUGAAGAUCAUUCCCUCUUGCUUUCUCCGCUUGUGUGGAUGUUUGACUGCAGAUUUGAUGGUGCUGAGCAGGCUCGUCUGAUUGAAGGCUUUGCGGCCAGGGGGUCAUCUGUUGGGGGGCCGCGGAGAGAAAACCCUCUGUCCACGGCUGCGUCUGUCCUCUGCCCUGUGACUGUGAAUGGACUGCGCUCCCCUCCUUGAUUUUCUGCAGUCGCUCUGAGUCAUUUGUGGAAGAAGAUGGCGGACAGAGCCGAUAUGUUUUCCUUAUCCACCUUCCAUUCCCUCUCUCCUCCUGGUUGCAGACCAUCCCACGACAUCAGCCUGGAGGAGUUUGAUGAUGAAGAUCUCUCAGAAAUCACAGAUGACUGUGGGAUUGGACUCAACUAUGACUCUGAUCCUUAUGAGAAGGACUCCCUUAUACUGGAGAAGAGUGACAUGCACCACGCAGUCUGCUCCUUCCAGGAUGACUUCCAGGAGUUUGAGAUGAUUGACGACGAAGAUGAGGAUGAUGAGGAUGAUGAAGACGACGAAGAUGAAGAGAUUGACCCUGAUGCACCCCCGUCCCCCUCUGCCUCGCCUCCUCUCUCUCCUUCUCUUGGCACACUUAAGAGCAGACCGACCACACUGAACCUCACCACUGCUGUGUCACAGGAUUCAUUGAACAACAACAGCAGUCUGUCGCCCAAAAAAGGAAGCUGGCAAGACUCUUUACGGAAGACCUCACAGGGUCGUCUGUCUCCAACCCACACAUGUCUGGAGGAUGGUGUCCCUGUGACAGGCCAGUGCCCAGCCUCUCCAGUUACCCAGGCACCAGGGUCUCAAACCAAAGGUACUCCCCAAAAACAGACUGGGGAGGGCGGGAACCCCCAAUCCCCUCACAGGCCCCUCCUCUGCGACAUGGAGGGCAACAGGCGGGAGAGGCCCGAAUACGGCUCAUUUGGUCAACACAAGUCCCACCCUUGUUCUGGUGAUCUCACUGAGCAAAAGGCAGAUCCAUUAAUCCAGAAGACCAGAGUACCUUCUGUAGAUGAACAAUCCCAGUGUUCAGACACAGAGGUGGACCAUGACCUCAACAGCGACCACAACCACAAACACUCAAACCGGCGUGCCACAGACACUUACACAAUCACCAGUGAGUCAGGUUUGGAGCCAGAGAACGACUUAGACCUGGAUGGGACCAGUCACUGCUUGUCAUCCACUGCCCCCAUUGGAGUCAAUGACGGUGCAGAUACACCGCUGUCUGAUGAGGAGCUGGAGAAGGACUAUGAUGUGGAAUUUAUGUGUAAGGAGACCUACGAUAUGGUGUGUAAGGAGAGUCGAUGUUCAUAUGUAGAAUUCCCCUCAAUUGAACCCACCUCCUUCUCUAGCUAUGUGUCCACCAGUCGUUCAGAUGCAGGAGUUUCUGCCAUGGAGGCAGCAGGUAACGACUCCACCUCUCCAUCGUCAGACCCAGGGAUAGCAGAUAUGAACCAGCAGGGUUACAUGACUUCAGACCAGGAUAAGGACCUAAGCUCUCCUGGCUCUGACUCUGACAUUGAAGGGGAGCUGGAGGCAGCGUUUACCUGUGGAGCUGUGGUCUCCAACAUGAUCUCCUCUAUCUCUGAGACCGAGCUGGACCUGACAAGUGAUGAGAGCAGCAGUGGGCGCUCGUCCCACCUCACCAACUCCAUUGAGGAGGCCAGCUCGCCUACAUCAGACCAGGAACUGGACCUGGAGACAGAGUUAGAGCAGGACAGUGACAUUGUGGGACUUAAAACGUCUCUACUUCUUGGCCAGCCUGACCCAAUCAAAGAAGGGUCUAUUCUUCCCUCUCCUUCGCCUCUACCCUCACCAUACCCUCUGGACUCACCCAUCUUACCUCCUGAGCCCUACGAGGAGGAGCCCCUGCAGAAUGUGGAUGAUGAGCUGUCUUUUGAGCACCAGGCGGACCCAGAUGAGACUCUGCCUCCAGCCCAACAAUGUGAAGACAGUCUGUCCAGACAGAUGGUACUGCAGAUAGAACCAGACCACAGUCUAGAGAGCUUCAAACGCUCCUUCUACCUGCCAGUUGGACCAAGGCUUAUGCCCAAUGCAGAUGAAUAUGAUGGAACCAGUGAAGGCGAGUCUGACUCAGAGAGUGAAGACGAACUGAGCGAGAACUCAGACUCACCGUGGCUGCUCUGCAACUUGGUCAACAGGAUGAUCUCAGAGGGCUCGUAUCCCAUCAGUUGUCCUGAGGACUGCUUCAAGAGGAAGUUGUCUGUGUCCGACACCAUCUCACCAUCCUCAGACAUUGGAGAGGGAGAUGGUUUCAAUGAUGAGGACCAAGAGAAGAAGGCAGAGAUGGAUGAAUUAGAUGAAGAAGAGAAGGAAGCUAAAGGGUACGAUAUGAUGGAGCCUGGAGAGAGGAGGAAGAGUGUGGAGGGGUGUGAACACAACGGGAGGGGAAUCACAGAUUUAAACACCUUGUAUGCAACGCAAGACUCUGAGAAGAACUUCACAGACAAACCAUCUAAGAACACUAGAAGACAGGAGGAGGAUCAAGAGCCCAAUAAUGACUUGAUGAUGCACGAGGGAAGGAAGGAACUGGACUCUCCGAGCCUCAGUGAGAGCGUGGUGAGCGACAAAGACGAAGGGCGAGAGACUGAGCCCAGGCCAACGAGCCGCUCCUCAGCCUCUCUUGAGCGUAUCACCGAGGUUAAACACAGCCUGACACUAGACAUACCGACCACCCAGACCAACCGCUGCUUCAGCCUCUCUUACUCUACAGACAAUGAAGAAGAGGAGGACGAUGGAGACUCAUACCCUUUAAUGGGUGACAUGAGGAAGCAGUCCUACAGGGAGAGUGACUUAGAGCUCGACAGUUCACCACCAAUUGAUUCCAGUGUACAAAAUCAUCCCUUAUCUGACCGAGACCUCCCACUGUGCAAGACAAAUCUGUCUCUGAGGCAGUCAAACGAAGAGGAUGAACUGGCCUAUGACUCCAUGAAGUACACACUAGUGGUGGAUGAGAAUACUACGCUGGAACUAGUUAAACUCAGAAGGUGCACAUCCGUUCUGAGCGAUGAAAGUGAGCUGUCCACGCUAUGUGAUGAAGACCAUGUGGAGACAGGGCAGGUGAGCUACGGUCGCGAUAAUGAAAAAGUGAGGCCAGAAUUUCUCAGUUCUUCUGAGGACUCUUCACCUGAAGCUGAUCUCCCAUUCUCCAAGAAGUUCCUCAAUGUGUUUGUCAACAGCACCUCCCGCUCCUCCAGCACAGAGUCUUUUGGACUUUUCUCCUGUACCAUCAAUGGAGAGGAGAGGGACCAGACACACAGGGCAGUCUACAGGUUCAUUCCCAGACAUGCAGAUGAGCUGGAGCUGGAUGUUGAUGAUCCUUUAUAUGUGGAGGAAGAAGAGGAUGACUACUGGUACCGAGGUUAUAACAUGCGGACAGGGGAGAGGGGCAUCUUUCCCGCCUUCUAUGCCCACGAGGUCAUAGGCCAAUCUAAGGAGUUGUUGGGAAUGAAAAGAAAUCCUGCAUGGAUCGAGACUUUCAACGUUCAGUUUUUGGGGUCAGUCGAGGUACCUUAUCACCAAGGCAACGGCAUUCUCUGCGCUGCCAUGCAGAAGAUUGCGAUAUCGAGGAAACGGACGGUACAUGUGCGGCCUCCUUCUCUGUGUGAGCUGGAGAUUAGCUUGCAAGGAGUGAAACUGAUCAUGAGCCUGGAGGAUGAAUAUGAUGCCCUUGAUGAGUAUGACAGAUGUAGUCACUUCUUCCAGAUGAAGAACAUCUCAUUUUGUGGAUGCCAUCCGAGGAACAAUUGUUACUUUGGCUUCAUAACUAAGCACCCGAUGCUGAACAGAUUUGCUUGCCACGUGUUUGUAUCCCAGGAGUCUAUGCGACCUGUAGCAGAGUGUGUUGGACGGGCCUUCCAGGAGUAUUACCAGGAGCAUCUGGAGUACGCCUGCCCCACCGAGGACAUCUACCUGGAGUAGGCAGAAUUGCCAUGACUACUACCUUCUCUCUCUGCAGCUUGUGUAUGAUUAUCGAGUUUGCCACCAGAGGGCGCUGUCAGUGGGGUCUUCUCUCCAUUGUGUCCCUCUAAAACUGGGAUCUUAAUUUUUACAGUCUGCUAGGCAUUUGACUGAUUUCAUCCCUCUCUCUUUAUUUCCAUUAUCUCAAUGGAAUGAUUGCCUGUUUCUUUAUCUUUUUCUAUGAUAUGAAACUAAAACGCUGAGCACUUGUUUAUUUUAAGGUUCCUCUUUUGAAAUGAAAACAAUAUACCUACUACUGCUGUUUCACCUUUCAAUGCAUGGCUAGUAGGAUUACUGCACACAGACACACCAAUAAUACACAUAUCCAAGUGAAUGGCAAGCAGCUCAACAAUCAGUACGGGAAUGGUGUAGAAUCAAGAGGUUGGGGGUUUAAUUAGCUGUAAAUAUGUAUUUGGUUCAAUAUUGAGAAACUGCUCAUUUGAUUUUUACUGAUAGUGGCAUUGGAGCAAAGUAGAGAGAGUACAGUGAACCGUCCUUGGUCCAAGCUUACCCCUGUGUCUCGUUCAAGACGUAGUUUGUGUUGUAAAUACGUAUGUAUAGAAAGUAGAAAUACAGGCGUCUCAUCCAGUCUAACUAACUAAUCCACAAACACUCACAGCUGAGACUGAUGGAGGGGAUUUUGAUUUGUCAUGGGUAUUCGGGACUCACUUUGACAGGAGUAACUGCAGGAGUGAGAGAUUUUAGAUUAAUGACUUGUAAAACUUUGGAGAUGUCAUUAGCCCCUGCAAGAUAUUUAAGUCAUCUUGGAUUACGUGCAGUUAAGUCUCAGCACAUUUAGGGUGACAUUUUACCUUUGUCCUGUCCUCAAAGCUGCACUGGCUGACCUUUACCUUGGGAAGCUUUCACAGAAAAUCAUUCAACUGUUAAAACUGUUAAAAAUCAUACAUUACUGUAUGCUUUGCUAUGAUUGGUGUGACCUUCAGCUCAAAGAAAACUAAUACCCUCUGAAAAGCCAUACUCUCGCACCUCGGACUGAUUAACUGUGUGGUGACACCCUAGUCUCAGUUGUAUUUUAAUUUGUCAGUUUCAAUGAGGGGAAAGGGAAAACUGAAGCGGUAGGCCACGUUUAGUUAUGAGAUCCUGCAGUGUGCUUACUGUACAGUGAGAGGGUCACAAUGUAAACAAACCUUUUGAUAAUCCAUUAAAAGGGAGGUUUUAUAGUUAUGGUUAGACUUCGAUCUUGUUUUUUCAAGUACGAUUGGUAAGAGAGAUGGCCACAAUUAUUCAUUGCUCUAAGUUUGGUUCAAAGGUUGAAAGGAUCAUUCACACAUCACACAAUAACCUGCACUGGGGUUGUUGUAGCAUACCAUUGCUUACAGUCUAGCACCUUAUAUAGGGGAGGGGGUAUAUUUGAAAAAACAAUGCACUCACUACAGGCAUCUGACCAUUAAUUCCGACUAUCCUUAUUGUUCUUUCAGACACUGUUUAGCAACUUGUUCUGCUGCUUUAAGUCACAGUCCACCAGAACAAACACCUCAGUUCACUGUUGAUAUGGCAGGGAUGGAUGUGGGGUUGUUAUAUGUAUUGCUGUCAGGUAGACUAUGUAUAUACAAUAGUGAAUAUAAGAUAGUGCUGUGUCCUUUAUGUUGAGUAUGUUAUGAAAUUAUUAUGUUCAUUAUUCAAAAGAAAUUCAAGGAAAGAUCACAAGCAGACAGAAACCCCUGAAAUAAAAGAAAAACACAUCUGUGAUCUGCAAUAAUUUGUUUUCAUGUUUUUUCACUCGGUAUCUGUCACAUAGAUGGAAUUACGGUUCCAGAAACCUCCUUAAGUCCCUGCAGACAGGCUUUAGCAGCACAUUUAGGGCACCUGUGUGAGAUGUGACAUCAUUAUUGUGUGACACUAACAGACUACUGACCAAUCUGCUGUUAGAGCUGAAAAGUUUGUCAUUAAGAUGCCAUUGAAACAACUAUUAUUGCAUCUUGCCGAUUAUCACCAACUAUGUGACCCAUCUCUUGGUAUCUAUUUGCUUCUGUUUUUCUAUCUCGUUACAGCCUAGUUAAAACCCCUUCUUUCCACACAGCUACAUAAUAACAACCUCUGAGGAUGAUCUCGUCCCAUAUAGCCGCUGAGACAUACAUUAACAGUUAAACCAAACUUUUGACUUUAUUACAAUUAACAAGAUGCUUUACUGUAUACCUAGAGCAAAACAGUAUGUGACAGAACAAACAUAUCCUAUCUUGUAUCUUUAAAAACAAACAAUUGUAGAGUUAAUCAAAAUUCCAGGGAAAAGCAAACAAAAAAAUUACAACAAAAAUCACUCUGCCUUGUCAUGGGUUUGGUCUUAUGAAUAAAAUAUAUGCUUGAUGUCUGAAA